AUGGAGCAGAAUAUCUCGGAGAGAAUCAUCAGCAUCCCGACAGCAGACCGCGAUACGUUGAAUGCCUUAGACUGGAAAGACGGCAUUGGUACCUUGCCUGGUAGCAACAUCCAAUUCCGUUUAAAUGAGUUUGGACUGCUAGAAAUCGUUACCGAAGUAGAAGCAGAAGCCAUAAAAGCUUUUCGAGCAUCAGCAGUAAAUGCCAGCCCAUCCAGCUUUGCUCCUGCUGCUAUCAACGCUUCUGCCGCCUCUAGCGCUGCUUGGCAAGUGCCCAGAGCAGACGUGCCCUGCUCCCCUUUCCAAACCUGCCAGCAAAUGGAUUGCUUCGAGAAUGGGAAGUUUUGCACACAAACGGGCUCCCAGCAGCACAGGGGCAGCAGUGGCUGUCAGGUGAAUGAGGCUGACAGACCGGUCAAACGUCUCCGAAGGAAGAGAAGGCUGCUUCUGGAGUCCGAGGAUGACGACGAAAAUGCAGAUGAGGAUGAGGAGAAGAAUAAAUCAAAUAAUAUGAAAAGCCGCAGAAACACUAAACCAAUAAAACAAGUUGCUCCUGUAAAGAAGAAGGCCUGGAACUGGGUUUCCUACUUAGAAGAGGAGCGGAUGCCAGCAGCUCCCCUCAAACUGUUCAGAGAGUAUCAGUCAUUCCCACAAGGCCGAAAUGGAUUUAAAGUUGGAAUGAAAUUGGAAGGGCUGGAUCCUGAACACCCCUCUCGAUUUUGUGUUCUCACAGUGGCUGAGGUCCAGGGGUACAGGAUGCGAUUACACUUCGAUGGUUAUCCGGAGUGCUACGACUUCUGGGUUAACGCUGAUUCCUCAGACAUCCAUCCUGUCGGCUGGUGUGAAAAAACAAGUCAUAAGCUGCUCCCUCCUAAAGGCUUCAAGGAGGGAGAAUUUAAUUGGACUUCCUAUUUGAAGAAUUGCAAAGCUCAAGCAGCUCCAAAAAGCCUUUUUAAGACCCUCAGCACUCCUGUCACACCCUCUGGUUUUCGUCUGGGGAUGAAACUGGAGGCAGUGGACAAGAAGAAUCCUUCGCUGCUGUGUGUUGCAACCAUCGUGGACAUGGUGGAUAACCGCCUGCUUAUUCACUUCGAUAACUGGGAUGAGAGUUAUGACUACUGGUGUGAAGCUAGCAGCCCAUAUAUUCGUCCUGUCGGCUACUGCCAAGAAACUGGAACCCCACUGACAACACCACCUGGAUACAAGGAUUCUAAAGCCUUCUCGUGGGAGAUAUACUUGGAAGAAACUAAUUCCCAGGCAGCCCCAGCAAGAGCAUUCAAACUGCGUCCUGCUCACGGAUUCCAAGUUAAUACGAAGUUAGAGGCUGUGGACAGAAGAAAUCCCAUCUUGAUAAGAGUGGCAACAAUAGUUGACAAAGACGACCAUCGCAUUAAGAUCCAUUUUGACGGUUGGGACCGUAAUUACGAUUUCUGGGCCGACGCGGACAGCCCUGACGUUCACCCAGUAGGCUGGUGUGCAAAAACUGGCCACGCUUUGCAAGUCCCUCUAG